AUGAAGUCCAUCGUCGCUGCCAUCGCUGCUCUUGCUGUUUCUACCAUCUCGGCUCAAUCCACAGGCAUCCUUUCCGUUACAUCACCCAUUGAAGGCACAACUUACACUGCUGGUAAAGAUGCGUUGAUUACGUGGACAAACCCCACUGUGGAUACUAUCAGCCAAAUCGUGCUUGCCCACGGAGACCCUAACAAUCUUCAACGCCUUGAUGUAAUCGCAAGUAACGUGGAUGCUGAAGCAGGAUCAUAUACUUGGUCAAUUCCUGCAAACACUACUGCUGGCACAGACUAUGCUCUUAUCUUUGGAACAUCGCCUGAUUUGGGUUUCAGCCCUCAAUUUACCAUUGAAGCUGCUACUGGUUCAUCAUCUUCCUCGUCAUCGGCUGCUGCUUCAUCUAGCAGUGCUGCUGUGGCUAGUAGCAGUGGCAUCGCAAGCUCUUCUGCUGUCCCAUCGUCAGCUUCAUCAAGUGCUCUUCCAUCGAGUUCAGCUGUUGCAAGUGGUAGUAGCAGUAGCUCUCUUCCUUCUUCUUCCACCUCAUCCUCCGAGUCAUCCUCAGCUGCCAACCCAGAAGAAACAAGUCCAGAGAAUGCAAGUGCCAAAUCACAACCUAUUACGAUGGUUGCUCUCGGCUUGGGUUUCUCUGCAGCUAUUGCUCUAUUGUCCUAA